AAGGGGUACUUGUUUGUCUUCUAUGAAUGGUUUUAUCAAAAAGUCGCAUUUUAAGCGUGUUAAUGGAAAAUACGUGAAUUUUUGCGGACCUUUUCAAAAAGUCGUAUAUUUAAACGUAUCCACAAAGUCGCCGAUGUUUUUAAAAAAUGGCCGUUUAAUCGGCGAUUUGCUAACCAUGAUUUCAACUCAGCUGCUAGGGUUUUGGCUCGGUAUCCUGUUCUGCUCCGAGAGAAAAACUAAUAGUUAAAUCACGCAUAAGUUCAUGAAGAAUAUCAUCAAAUUCCCAUAUAAACGCCUGCACCUCAAUUUCACUCGAUGUUUUUCAUCAAAAUUUCAACAAUUCGGUCCACUCCCAACUCUUCCCCAACGACGCGUAGUUGUAACUGGUUUGGGCAUGGUCACGCCUCUAGGUUGUGGGGUAGAGAGGACAUGGGGCCGCCUCGUUGGUGGUGAAUGUGGAAUCCGUUCUCUCUGUCUCAAUGAUCUUAAGAUGGAUGGGAUUGAGAGAGAAACACUGGUUCAUACUUUUGAUCAGUUGGCGUCUAAAGUUGCAGCUGUUGUUCCAUGUGGAAGCAAUGUCGGCGAAUUUGAUGAAGAAUGUUGGCUGAAUCCUAAGGAACAAAGAUCCAUUUCAAAGUUCAUUGCCUAUGCAUUGUGUUCAUCCGAUGAGGCUCUUAGAGAUGCAAACUGGAUGCCAGAAGAGGAGGAGAAGAAGGAAAGGACGGGUGUUUCCAUCGGUGGAGGUAUUGGAAGCAUCAGUGACAUUUUGGAUGCGGCAGUGAUGAUUCGUGAGAAGCGUUUGCGGAGGCUUAGUCCAUUUUUCAUUCCACGGAUAUUGAUCAAUAUGGCAGCAGGCCACGUGAGCAUGAAGUAUGGGUUCAAGGGACCGAACCAUUCUGCAGUCACAGCUUGUGCUACUGGUGCACAUUCUAUUGGGGAUGCUGCAAGGAUGAUACAAUUUGGAGAUGCAGAUGUAAUGGUAGCUGGAGGAACUGAAUCCAGUAUUGAUGCUCUAUCGAUAGCUGGAUUUUGCAGAUCUAGAGCAUUGACUACAAAGUACAACGACCUCCCUCAGGAAUCCUCACGACCAUUUGACUGUGGGAGAGAUGGAUUCGUGAUAGGUGAAGGUUCUGGAAUCAUGGUGUUGGAGGAACUUGAACAUGCAAGGAAGCGGGAAGCAAAAAUAUAUGCUGAACUUCGAGGCUAUGGGAUGUCAGGUGACGCACAUCAUAUAACACAGCCACAUAGUGAUGGGAAAGGUGCUGCUUUGGCUAUGAAACGUGCAAUUGAACAGUCUGGCCUGCAACCAGAUGAAGUAGAUUACAUAAACGCGCAUGCUACAUCAACACCCAUGGGCGAUGCCAUAGAAGCGAAGGCAAUCAAAACCGUGUUUUCACAUCAGGCAACAUCAGGUGCAUUGUCAGUAUCUUCGACAAAGGGUGCAACUGGUCAUCUCCUCGGAGCAGCUGGAGCAGUUGAAGCAAUCUUUACAGUUUUAGCCAUACACUAUGGAAUUGCUCCUCCAAACCUAAAUGUCAAGAAACCAGACCCUGUUUUUGAUGAUAAUUUUAUGCCUCUUACUUCUUCAAAAGAGAUGCCCAUCAGAGCUGCUCUCUCAAAUUCAUUCGGUUUUGGGGGAACAAAUGCAUCUCUGCUGUUUAGUUCUAUCGAUUAACUGGACAAUUUAUUUCACCGACUUUUAACACCAUUUCAUCAAGGAUAUGAUAAAUUAAUAGGGAGAAGAGGCAUUCAUGAGAUUGCAACAAAUCGAUUUUGAAGAAUGUAUGCAUGUAAUAGUUUAUUUAUGGCUUUGCCUUCUCAAGUAUAUUGUAUAAAAUGCACAAGAUGAUGUAUAGAGAAGAUUGGGGAGGACUGUGUAGCGAUGGGCAGGAAUAUUGCAAACCAGUCCUCCCCAUCAUGAAUGCAGCGUGAUAUACUCUUUCUUAAAAUA